CACCAAACUGUGGAGUAUUGAUUUGUUUACAAUCGUGUUCCUUCUAAAAACCAUUUUGUACAUGUACUAAGGUAGUCUAUAUAUUUUCAACCUUGUCAAAACGAUCGCGAGAUAAAAUUUUGACUUAAUUACUGCUUUCCGUGCUUCGCUAUCGGCUAAUCGUUCUCGCUGAAUUAGCGCCGACGAAGUUUUAAGAACUUUGAACGCUUAAUCACCUCGGAAGCGUGGAGCUUUAUCGAUUGUUUAGGCUCCCAGUAUCAUUUCACGUAUAGUAACCUAGAUAGUAGCGGGGUUUACGAAAAAAAUGUGAAUAAAUGAUGUAUGAUUCUAUCGAAGCUCAGCCAUGGGAGGAGUAUUACUUGUGUGGUGAAUUGAAUUGAAAUAACAGACAUGUGUGGGAUCUUAAAUGUUGAAUGGAAGGUGGUUUAUAAGGUGGAAUGGACAGAGGCGGUCUGGACGUCCCUACUGGGGCAGUCAACUUGGAUACAGUGAGGUCUCUGCAUCAGACGGUGGUGUCUCUCCGGACUGCUCUAGAGGUGUCAAAGAGUGAACUGAAAGAACUAAAAGAAAAGUACGAGGAACACUCCAGGUGUAUAGAGUUUUCCGAUCUCAUUGAAAAGUUAACACUCGAGAAUCACAUUUUGAGGAGGAAAAUCAUCGACUCCGAUAUUCAUGAGAAGCAAAAUAUUGAGUUGGAAGUAAUAUACAGUCCUAGAGUAGACAAUAUUGAGGAUAGUAACAAAAAGGAACUGAUAGAUAUAUUAAAGUCAAAUGAAAAUCAAGAGGUUAAAGUUGUAGAAGACACUGAAAGUAAAUCUUUUAUUGACUUAAGUGAAGAAAGAAAUGACAAACCUAAAGUAACAAGUUUUAAUGAGCCAGUGGAUGAGACCAACAAUCAUACAGUAGAAGGUAGUGAAUCACUCCCAAAAAAAGAAUUUGAAAAUAAAUCUAGUUUUUCUACAAAACUAGAGUUACUUUCAAAGUUUGAUGUGAAAAUCAAAGUCAAAACGUUAAAAGAGGGUAGUUUCACGUCAAGUAGCUCAGAUGACACAUCUUCAAAUAAAGAAUCCAAAACAGAUGAAAAGAGUGAUUUGAAUUUAGAAAAGCAUAUGGAACAUUUUGAAAAAAUUGAAAAUAGUGAGGCAAAGGUCAAUAUAAAGACAUCCUCUUCUGAGUUUGUGAAAAUGGCGGUGCCUAAUGAGAAUGAGGUGAAAUCCAAUGUGGACAAGUUUGGUGUCCAAGUGAGAAUCACCUCCGAGGAUAGUGUUACGGUCCAGGAAAAUGUUGAACGGGAGAGAAAUAAGGAUACACUAAAUUUGGAUGUUGAUAGUUUGAGUUUGAGGUCUAUGUCAGAGGGUGACAACUCCGUUUUCUCCGACGGUACCACACCCAAUGAAGCGAGACAGCAAGACGAGAAAGAGACGGAGAAUGCGAGUGGAAAUGAGUCAGAAGAGGUGGACGAUAUAGAGCUCAUCUUCACCACCGAUGAGUCCAAGGAUAUGAGCAAUUUACAGGAAGACCUGGUGUCCAUCAGAGAAAACGAGAAUUGGACGCCCAGUUCCUCAACCACGCAUUCGACUCCAGUCCUCAUCAAGUUCCACACUUUGGACCCUGAUUUUCAAUCGGAAACCCCAAAACCUAAAACCCCAGGCUAUAGAGAUUUGCGGACGAAGAGGGUAUCUUUGCCGAACGACAAAGAGAUCAGGCAUGUCGGAUUCAACAGCAAGAACAGCCUGGAUCUUCCAGGAAAAGGGAUCCUCAAAAGCCACAAUAAGUCCGACAAUACGCUGUACAGAAAGAGUCCCAACGCUAGUACACGAAGAUUGGACAGCGUGGAUAGCCUGUCUGGGGAUUACAACAGGAUGAGUCUAGACCACACUAAGUCGUCUAGCUUCGAGCUAGGCUCAAGUCUAGAUGUCCUGCAUAGGGAUGAAAGUGUGGAUAGCUUCUACAAGGCUCGAUUGGGCCAUCGGUUCUCGGUGUUCGCUGAAACGGAUAUAUCGAAGUGUGGGAUUUCCGAGGACGAUCUCGCCAGCAACUUGAAUAUUCGUCGGAAUACCUGCCCCAACCCGUUCCAGUACAGGUUGCCGUACCGCGGUCCGAGCCGCAGCUACGGCAAGCGGCGAACUGCGGGUGUACGGCGCGAGAGCUCCGCGCAGACCGACCUGUCCGCGCUGCCGCCCAAGUGGACGUCCGACGGCAAUCUCGCUUAUAAGAUCCCCGAGUUGGGCUUCUCGAUGGCCAAGAGUCAGCGUCGGGCGCCGCGCCCCGCGCCCCGCCCUGACGACCCGAGACGCGUGCUGCUUAGUGAUAUAGGUUUCACGUCCAUGGUGCCGGAGCUGUCCCGCUCGGCCGAGCCGCUGUGGAAGAUGCAGCAGGCGCACGACUCGCCGCUGCCCAGAUACAUAUCACGUGGCUCUUACCGCUCGCCGUGCCCCAGCAUAGACCGCAGUAACGACUGGGUACCGCAGUCAUAUGGUGCUCGCGGCUGGCGCAGCUCGCUCCCAGACGUGAGGAACGACGACACAGACGAGCUGAUGCAGGAGGUCGACAACUAUCUACGUCGCUCCGUCGACAACCUGCCUAUUGCAGCACUGGAUAGACCGGAUUCGUCAUCCGCAAUCAGAGGCGAGCCGUACAUACCGUCGGAGACGCGUCGGCUGCGGCUCGGACACACCGUCAAAGUGAUCGCGCCGCACGGCCGCCUCGCUGUGGGACGGGUGAGGUACGUGGGCGUGGCCGGGUGCUCAGCCACGCAGAGCGCGGUCGUAGUGGGGGCGGAGUGCGUACGCGCGACGCACCCGUGGCUACCGCGCAACGACGGCGCGCACGCCGGACGCAAAUACUUCGCGCCCGCGCCGCAUCACACCGCUCUGUUUGUCCCUGCCCACAAGGUGGUACUCGCCUGGGCUGACUAAAGGCAUGUUUUAUUUAUACUUAUAUUUAGGAAGGAAACAAAGAUAUAUUAUAUCUGUCUCUUUUACGCAUUAGUAAACGGAGCAGGAUGGUUCGAGCUCGCGUUGUCAUGUGCAGUCGUGCUAGCUAAGGCCGACUGACUGACAUUCCUUCAUACUUAUUUGGGAAGGAAACAAAGAUAUAUCUGUUUCUUUUACGCAUUAGUAAACAGAGUGAGCGUUCGAUCUCGCGUUUUCGUGCUAGCUAAGGCCGAUCGAAGGCAUGUUCGAUUUAUAAACAUUAAUUUGAAAUUUUAAAAUUGAGAGAGAAACAUAUUUCGCUCUCUGUUCUGCGUUGUUCAACGGAAUGGGAUAUCAAUUUACCUACGGUCGUACGGCUCUGGUCAAGUUUGACCAAUAAGGAGUUCAAUUGAGAGGUAAUAAUAUUUUUUGUCUCUUUUGCGCACUAGAGACAGCAAACGUAAAUGAGUGAAUCUUCAAUAGGAGUUUUUGUGCCCGCACAUAUUGGUGCUGUAUGGGCACAUUUUGUAUGAUAUAGUUUGAUAUAUAAUUUUAAUGAUUUGGCCAUUUUGAAAAUUUUAUGGCUUUUAAACUCGGAGUUGAGGUUAUAAAGAAAGAAAAAACAGGCGCUGACUGACAAACUGCUUAUCUGCUUUGGCAUAUCUAGUUACAUAUUGUCAUAUUAUGUACGAGAUAUAAUCUUGUAAACAAUGGAAAAUAACUAUAGAAUAGCCAAGAAGACUGACAUGCUAAGAAGGCUUGAAAAAUAUUUAUUGCUGCUGAAAGCCAAACAAAUCAAAAUCAAAAGAAAACCCCGUAUAAACUCUGUAUUUUGCUAUUAUAAUCCUACAUGAAUACAGCAUUUAUCCAGUCGGGAUCCUAUCAAACGAAAGAAUAUAUUAUUCAUGACGUUAAACAAAUAUCAAAUUAUUUUUGAGCUUUAACAAAUCACAAAAAAAGUUUCAAGUGAAAACCAUCUUGAACUUUUAUUAUAUCAAGGUUGAAUCGUAACAAUCUCGAAGCUGCAUCGUGUAGGAUCAUAAUAGCAGAAUUGGUAUACCUAAAUUGGUUUACAAAUAUUUACUGUUAACAUCAUACUGCUAGGAAUUGAAUGCGAUGUGAUUGUGAAGGUUAUGUGAAUUGAGGUAAAAUAUAAUGUAUUUUUGAUGGUAGGACUUAAAGACUUGCUUACUGCCUAAAAUAGAUAUCUAUGUAUACAUGCUGAUUAAAUUUUUUUCUUAUAUCUUUUUUAGGGUUCCGUAGCCAAAAUAUGGCAAAAAACGGAACCCUUAUAGAUUCUUUAUUAUUCUAUUCAUGGCUGCUCUUUUGUCUGCUUGUAAAUAUAGGAAUUUAUCUCAUUAUAAAAUAAUUAUUGCCUUGUGUACUUAUAACAGCGUCGGUUCGGCGUAUGUUUAUGUUAGUCGCGACUUUUAGACGCCUACAAAAAUAUUAGUGGAAGUAACAUAAUUGUAUGUUAUUUUAUAUUAUAUUUCUUGUUUUAUUUAAUCGGAUAUAUCUAAAUUAAGUAAUUUUAUCAAACAAUUUGAAAUAUAAUACGCAUCUAAAUAUAAUACGGAUUGGUGGAAAAUUGUAGAAUUAUAUUAGAAUAAAGUUCUUGAAUAUUAUCAGUGUAUCUAAGUUAUACGGAAUGUUCUGUAUUAUUCUGUAUACGGAGUAUUCUGUAUACAUUCUAGAACUAGGCGUCCUUACAGGGCUAUGUAUAUGCAUGUAAGUGUAUAUCAUUUUAGCCUUAGAAUAUAAUAGUUCGAGCGAGUUUAAAUAUAACAAGUUAUAUAGGGUGAUCGAGAAAUAUAAUUGGAAUAUACUUUUCUCAAGUGGGUAAUAAUAAAAAAAAAUCACUUACUAGUAAAAACAUAUUUUAAGCUGCUAAUAGCUUAUUCACACAUGCUGUCUUUGUCGUACAUUAAUUGAUAUUUACAAAAUGUCACUUGAUAGACGAAAAUAGCAAGUGUUGAUAAGAUACAAUAUGUAUUAAUAUUUAAUAAAUAAGUGUACUUUACGAGUAAGAAAGUCAACUGAAUACUAGUCAAAUCGAAUAGAUCGAUAAUUUCAAUCGUAAUUGUUUAAGCUAGUAAUAAGAAUUAAAAUUGUAUCAGUACACCCUGUAUAAUUUUCCAUUCGAAGUAAAUUAAUACAUGUGAUAUAAGAGUUCAAAAUUGCCUUAUUCUGAUGAAAAGGAAACCCCAUUUUUGAUUCUAAAAUCGUUCCUAAUUCACACAACUAUAACUGCCAUCUUUAAUUUUUUAAACUCGCUCAGCCUUUCAAUUAUAUUAGUUAAUAUAAUAUUGAUAAGGAUUAUAACUAUUUACUUUGUGUAUCUAAAUAUUAUAUGUUCUCAAUGUAGUAAGGACAACCUAGCGUAAGAACUGAGUAUUAUGUGUAGUAUAUUCAAAAUUCACAGAGGCGAUACUUGUCACUUUCAAAAGUAUGUAGAAGUACAUGAAAUUGAAUGUAUCAUAGAUGUAAUUAUUUAUAAACAUAUUCACUCUAACUUCUAGAUAAAAUUGUACUAGAUUUGCUGCUAAAGUGGCCCAUUCACUAUCCUGCAUUGCAGUCCGCCGUGCAGUCCGCCGGCUUAUCGGACUGCAUGGCGGACUGCCGUGACUGCAUGGCCUUUUUAAUCUAAAAUUACUAAGGACCAUAAGCUAUGGCCAUAGAUCAUAGACUCUAUGGUGUUAGAUUUAAUAGCUAUCUAUCAAUUUUAAUGUUGUCACUAAAUCAAUUGGUGUAAUGAAUAUAGGUGUCUUAGAUAGAAAGUAUAGAAAAAAUUAGGGCCUAUUUCUGCAAACAAUGUUUUUGUGACAUUUUAACCUAACUUCCUUAUUCAAAAAAGUAAGAGCCUGUUAUAUUAUAAUCUCCUUGUAAGUGACGAAUAGCUCAUCGAACAUUUUUACUUAUCGAUGUAGUCAAAAAUGUUAGAUGCUAUUCCUAACGUAUUGUGCGAUUGUGAAAUACGUCUACAUUUAAUAUGUUGCUUUAUUCGUUAGUUACUUUGAUAUAAUUAUUAUAAUACAUAAAAAUAAUCGAAUAAGGAGGUUGGACUUAAGCUCGCGUUAAAUACCGAAGGUCUACUUGCGCCAGUCUGCGCCUCAGUCAGCUCUUUUUCUUUCAUACGAAGAGUGAAAAAGAUAAGAUGAUAUUUAACCAAGGAUUAAGUUUAACCCGGAUUUACACAAGUAGGUUUUCUGGCGUUUUUUAUUUAUACAUAGGAAUCAUUUAUUUAUUUAUAUUUAUA